GUUCUUGUUCGCAUGCGUAGUUGGGCUUCAAGAUACUUGCACUGCAUCUACCUUCAUUAGACACUGGGUCGGAGUUCUGAAGGUGUUGGUCAACAAACGCAGUCCAUUGCCCUUCACUGCGCGGAAAGGGCGUCCGCGAAAACAUCCUGCCACAGUCACCAAAACAUUAUCCUCGUCCAAAACACAAAUGGCUGUUGCCAAUACACCACUCUCUCCAACAUCACAAAAAGACCUCAACAUGGUCAUGCCUAUGCCUCCUCCUCUCUUGCACACUCGUUCGGGCAACGAGCUGUACGAUCGCCCUCAAACCCCGACCACACCGGGUGGAAAUCAUGGAUUCACCAGUCCGGUCCAGACACCUCAGGGCAGUCCGAGCAAGAAACAACUUCCUCCUGGUGCCAAUGACUUGCCAAAUGUCUUUGAGAAUGCCAUGAAACUGGCUCCUGCGUCGCCUACCAAGACUCAGCCCUUGUCGCCCACCAAACAAGGCCUUUCACUCGGCACCGACAAUGUCAACAGAGACCCCUUCGCUGACCACAACAAUCACAACUAUGGCCGUUCUGAGAGUCCCACACGUCAGUCAAACAAGGAAAAUGCACCAGCCAUGAGGUAUGGAAAGGACAUCCAGCAAAACCACGCUGCACUGUCUCGACAGGAGCAAUACCAGCCAACUGAGUCGAGAAAAACAAUUACACGUGGCUUGACCACCGAAGAGAUGCAGAAGCUACAACUACCCAAGGUGAAGCGUCUUGCAAAUGUGACUCAAUUGUACUUUCUCGACUACUACUUCGACCUCCUUUCUUACGUGCACAACCGUCAGUCUCGAGAAACUGCCUUCAAGGCCUCUUUCCCAGAACCACCUGAGACCCCGAAAGAAGAAUACGAUGCUGCUUUGCACAAAUAUCUCGGCCGUGAACGUGCCAAUUUGCGAAAGCGUCGGACUCGUCUCCGCCAUGGCGAUUUCCAGAUCUUGACACAGGUUGGCCAGGGCGGCUAUGGUCAGGUCUAUCUGGCCCAAAAGAAGGACACACGCGAAGUCUGCGCCCUCAAGGUUAUGAGGAAGAAAUUACUGUUCAAAUUGGAUGAAGUCAGACAUAUCUUGACCGAGCGAGACAUCCUGACCGCUGCUAAAUCCGACUGGCUUGUCAAGCUGCUCUACUCGUUCCAAGACGAUGAACAGAUCUAUCUUGCCAUGGAAUACGUCCCAGGCGGAGACUUCAGGACACUAUUGAACAACACUGGCGUUCUACACAAUCGACAUGCUCGUUUCUACAUCGCAGAGAUGUUUGCUUGCGUUGACGCCCUUCACACCUUGGGCUACAUUCACAGAGACUUGAAGCCGGAAAAUUUCUUGAUCGAUGCUACUGGCCACGUCAAGCUCACCGAUUUUGGUCUUGCUGCUGGUAUGCUGAGUCCCAUCAAGAUUGAAAGCAUGAGAAUCAAGCUCGAGGAGGUCGGAAAUACCCCAGUGCCUUUUGGCAUCACACCAGUUGAAGAUCGAUCAGCCGACCAACGACGUGAGGGAUACCGUUCUUUGCGAAAGAAGGACAUCAACUAUGCCAAGUCGAUUGUCGGCUCUCCAGACUACAUGGCCCCUGAGGUUCUCAAAGGGGAACAGUACGACUUUACCGUUGAUUACUGGUCCCUGGGAUGCAUGUUGUUUGAAGCACUUGCAGGAUACCCUCCUUUUGCUGGUGCGACAGUUGAUGAGACCUGGCAGAACUUGAAGAGAUGGCAACGUGUUCUGCGAAAGCCAAUCUACGACGAUCCAAACUAUUUCCUCAGCAAGCGCACCUGGGAUUUGAUCACUCGUCUCGUGGCGGCCAAGGACAAUCGUUUCAAGAACAUUUCAGAAAUCCACAAGCAUGAGUACUUUGCCGAAGUUGAUUUCAAUGCACUCAGAGAGCAAAAGGCACCGUUUGUGCCCGAGCUUGACUCUGAGACCGAUGCUGGAUACUUUGACGAUUUCAGCAAUGAGGCCGACAUGGCCAAGUACAAGGAAGUGCAUGACAAGCAGCGAGCUCUUGAAGACAUGGCCGAGAGAGACGAGAAAAUGGGCAAGAGUUUGUUCGUCGGAUUUACUUUCAGACACCGUAAGCCAGAUACAGAGGCAAGCCCACGAAAGCGAAUUGAGACGGACGGCACAUUCGGAACAAUGUUUUAGUUGCUCAAGGAUGGUGCAUAGACCGUUAGCACCAGGGUUUCGAGGAGCCAGGGUCUAGGCGAAUUCUGGACACCAGGAUCAGGAAUCGUUUGCGCAGAGCAGUCACGGAAACUCCCGUCUUGUUGAAUUGGGGAACGGCGUUGGGAUCGCAUAUUGUGGUCGAGCAAACUAUGACUUCCAGGGGUUUCGGUUACUAUUACUUUCGUGUACGUGCAUGUAAUGUGGGAUGACAGAAAUGAUGCUCAGGCCAUGCAGUGAAUGUUGGUAUGAAUGCGGAUUGGACUCGGAAUUGGUCUUGGUUGCGGAUAGAGAUCAUCAAGUGCAAGAGGUGUAAGUACCUUGGUAGUACUGGCAUGGCCAAGGUAGAGCAUUCAACUAUUGGACUGUUUUCAAGUGAACCAGAUGAGUUCUAGUGUUUUGUCAUGCC